AGGAUUCCAUUCCAUAUGUCUUAAUCAAGUCCUGCUUCUUUCUAUUAUUAUUGGUAGAUGAGAAAAUUGAAGGUUAAUACUCUCUGUCUCCAUUAAUGCAGUACUACACUUUCUAGCUGCUUUAUUAGAUUCUGUUCACUUUCUCUGUUGAAGAAUAAUAGCAUUCGCCGGAACAUAUGGCUGAUGAUUUUGCAACGUCGGUGGACAUGGGGCUUCAGUUAGCUAAACGAAUUUACUACGGUAAAAAUCCGCCUAAGCCACUGGUAAUGGAGAAAAAGUCAUCUUUUACAGAGACUAAUUACCUGCCGAUGGGACCAAUGAUGUACGCUGUAAUUAGGGACCCGUCGAUGGUGGAUAAUCCUGAUAUUCCGAGCUAUCAGCCGUACGUUCACGGUCGUUGUGAUCCGCCGGCGUUGAUUCCGCUCGACAUGCAGGCGAUUGGGAUGGAGGUGGACUGUUAUAUGGACACUGCUUUUGUAACGGUCAACGGGAGUUGGCGCGUGCACUGUGUUGCUUCUAGCCGCUGCUGUGAUUGUCGCUUCGCUGUACCAAUGGGAGAGCAGGGUUCAGUUCUAGGUGUGGAAGUUGAAACACCAUCAAGAUCAUAUUCUACCCAAUUGAUUGCAUCAAAUGAUACCAAAGAUGCCAGUUUGGUAGCCAAUGCUAAAGAUGGGUUCUUAUUAAAACGCCAGAUAUACACAUUAAAGGUCCCUCAGGUUGCCGGAGGUUCUAUUCUCUCCAUUAAAGUCAGUUGGUCACAGAAAUUACAGUAUCAAGAUGGUCAAUUUUCCUUAAAUAUACCUUUCAGUUUCCCAUGGUAUGUCAAUCCAGUUGCAAAGCUAUUGUGUAAGAAAGAAAGGAUUCAGUUGAACGUGAACUCUGGUAUGGGGACAGAGAUUUUAUGCGAAAGCUCCAGUCAUCCUUUAAAGGAAACAAGACGUCUGGCCGGUAAUUUAGGAUUUUUAUAUGAGAGGGAAGUUCGGGCAUGGUCAAUGAAUGACUUCAAUUUCUCGUACAAAGGCCCUUCAAGCGACAUCCAUGGGAGUGUGCUCCUGAACUCUCCAUCUAUGCUUGAUUUUGAUCAGAGAGAAAUGUUUUGCGUCUGUCUUCACCCACCAACUGUCAAUAGGAAGAAGGUUUUCCGGAAGGACGUGGUGUAUAUUGUUGAUAUAAGUGCAAGCAUGCAAGGAAAGCCUCUUGAGAAUGUUAAAGCUGCACUACUGGCUGCCCUCUCUAAUCUCAAUCCAGCGGAUACUUUUAACAUCAUAGCUUUCAAUGGGAAAAGCUUAUUGUUCUCAUCAUCCAUGGUGCCAUCGGGGAAGGAGUCAAUCGGAAAAGCAAUUCAGUGGAUUGAUCAAAAUAUUGUAGCUGAUGGAAGUACUGUCAUUGCCCUGCCGCUAAACCAGGCAAUAGAGAUGCUAUCAAAAAAUGGUGAUUCAAUUCCUCUUGUUUUUUUAAUCACUGAUGGGUCUGUUGGAGAUGAAAGAGAAAUUUGUGAAACCUUGAGGGGACAGUUGAUGAAGAGAGGCUUGAAAGCUCCACGAAUUUCGACCUUUGGCAUUGGUUUAUACUGUAAUCACUACUUCUUGCAAAUGCUUGCUCAGAUGGGGGGAGGUUACUAUGAUGCUGCAUAUGAUGUAGACUCAAUCAGUUCUCGGCUGGAAAGACUAUUUAACAGCACAUCAUCAGUCAUUCUUGCGGACCUGAGAAUCGAUGCCUUGGAAAAUCUUGAUUCAUUUGAGGUAUAUAAACAACUACAUUUUCUUUAUAACCUGAGGGGAUAGAAGAAUAUCCAAAGG